AUGGGACAAGCCGCUUCUUCCUUUAAGCCGAGAGGGGUCGUCGCUAAGCCUUUUUGGCCGCUCCUUUCUUUAGCAAGGAUGAAACUUCCAAUGUCACCGAGACCAACAGAAAGAAAUGCGCCUCCCACUUCGCCAGACUACCUACAGACAGACUGUCGCACCUACCGAUCUCGUAACCCAGACAGAUAUCUUACCUACGCCUCCGCUAAAGGAACAAUAGAACAAUCGGGUAGCUACAAAGCUAUACUUGGCUUGGUUCCCCUGUCGGGGGGUCUUGCCGGGGGAGCUGAUAGAGGUAAAACAAUGGGGAUAGACGGGAUCGCAGAUAACCGGUUCCCCUUGCGGGGGCGAAGGCCGUAG